AUGCAAUGUCAGCGAGCAAUAUCCGAGAACUUACAAGAUUUGCUGAACCAUGAUUGUCAAGAAAUUCGUCGAAUGACAACUUGUCUCAUUUCAAAAUUCGAUGAUUCAAUUCUUGAGGGAAUAAUAAGACGCUUAGAACGGAAGCUGAGAUACAUUUUUAAAGCAAAUUCAUCUGCUGGAAAAAAUCUAUCGGAAAACAAUGAAUAUACGUCAUGUAUGACGUCACUAGCAACAAUAUCAAAGUUUUCUGAUUCUCGUUCAUUGAGAAAAGCUUUUGAAAAAACAAACGAUAAUUCAAUGAAUGAAAGUGUUUUGAAUAAAAUACAAAAAUUUGACAAAAUAUUUUUGGAUUCGAUGAUGAGUGACGGCGUUCAAAAGAAGGACGCUGAGACGUGGGCCACUCAUGUCUUUCAAAAACCAAUUGAUUAUGACAAGAUUAAGCUCGAGGAACAUAAGAUCAAAUCCAAGUCGUCCAAAACUCAACAGGAAGCAAAAGAAGACGAAGAUAACCUAUUGCCUUCUGCUAAACCAAAGAGUUUCAGCAGUCUAGAAAAAUCAUCUCAAAACCAAACACAGUCAAAAGAAAACGUCAAGUCUUCCACUGGGUUAUCGACUCUUGAACUGACAACCGCUUUCAAUUCAACUGAAGAUGACAUCACGGGCGCUACUAAUUUCACAAGCAGAGGAAAGUCUUCACUGACAACAGCGACCAGAAUGACUUUAGAUAUAAGAUCGUCUGAAGAUAUUUUUCGCAAAGAAUCAAGCUGUGAUCGAGUGACAUUCUGGGAAAAUACGAGGGAAAAUGAGAAAGGAGAGUUGGGAGCCGUGCAAUCUGUUAAUAAAAAGUAUUCGUCUACAACGGAAAGUCUAAGAUGGGCAACGAAGAGACCUUUGCAAUAUAGAGACGAGUCAUUGUGUGUCUUGAGGUGUUCACAUAGAAGACAUAAGAAGGAUAGACACAGUGCAAGUGCGAGAGGAGGUCGAGAAUCUGCACCUCUGUCGUCAUUUGAGCACGCUAAAAGUAUUAUGCCAAGGACAGAAAGCUAUUUUAAGCUUGAUGAAAGGAACAAGAAUACACGGGAAAUUCCGCUUGAUGCAGAAAAUUGGAGAUACAUAUUACGUGGACUUCGAAGAUUCCGACUCACAACACAACCCAGAGCAAAAGAAAAUGCGAUGUAGAUUGAUCUCCUUUACAAUUUUUGAAAACCGGGAUUGAUAUAUAGCAGACCAGUAACAUUCAUGUAGCUGAAAAAAACUUAUUCAUGAAAUAUAUAUAUAU